AUUAAUUUUUAUUUCUCUAUCUCUAUUUUUCCUCGCUCGCUCGCUCGCUACCUUUGCUUCGCCCCUCCCCCACUUUUGUUUUUGGCGAAAAGCGGAGGUGUAGGGGAUGCGAUUCGAUACUCUAUUGCUGGUGGAUUUGGGAGCGGGGAUCGGACGGUGGGGAGAUGUAUGAGCUCAGAGAUCCCGCGAUCAAGCUCUUCGGAAGGACCAUACCGCUUCCCGAGGCCGCGCCGCCGCCGCCGCCGCCGCCGCCGGAGGAGGAGGAGGAGGAGGCGGAGGGUGGCGCCGAUCCGGCUCCGCCGUCGGAGACUUCCAUGGAAGCGGAGCAGGAUACAGACAAAGAAAUAAAAGAAACAGAAGUCAAUAGCAUAAAACCAGGUGUGCCAGAGGAGGACCAUCCAGAACCAAAUUGUUCUUCUGGUUUAGAGAGUGCCAGUAGCGAUGACCUUCAAACACCCGCAUGUGAAGACAAGUCGGAAGCUGAAUUAAAAUCUGAGCAAGUUAAGAGUGAGGGUGAGGGUUCAAACCAAGAUAGUAAGGCCCUCAAGAAGCCAGAUAAGGUCCUUCCAUGCCCUAGGUGCAACAGUAUGGACACCAAGUUUUGUUACUACAAUAACUACAACGUCAAUCAACCACGGCACUUUUGCAAGAACUGUCAAAGAUAUUGGACUGCAGGGGGUAGUAUGCGAAAUGUCCCUGUUGGUGCAGGCAGGCGUAAAAAUAAGAACUCUUGCUCUCAGUUUCGCCAUAUUAUGUUGUCAUCUGAUGGCAUGGCUGCUGGCCGGGCUGACACUCCUGAUUUCACCAACCAUCAGGCUAUUUCAUGCGGGCCUGGGCCUUCUGUCCCCCCGAGGCCCAUAAAAGGAAAUGGUACUGUCCUGAAAUUUGGGCCUGAAGUGCCACUCUGUGAGUCCAUGGCGUCUGUGCUGAAUAUUGGGGAGCAGAAGAAUAAUACUGAAAAUAAGGAGGAAUCAAUGGAGGCCUCAAAUUGUGUUGAAAAUGGAUUACCUCCAAGUGUAGCUCAAAAUGGUCCAAAUAGUAUGCAGGGAUAUUGUAAUGGGUUUACUCCUCAACAUCCGCUACCUUAUUACCCGCCAACUCCCUUUGUGUACCCUUGGAGUCCGGGAUACUGUAAUGGACCACCACCCAUGAUGCCGGCCCAUGCACUCUCUCCACCGGCCAUUCCUUUUCCCUUCGUUCCGUCUCCCUUUUGGGCGUGCCUCCCUGGGUGGCCCAAUGGAAUGUGGAACGGUCCAUGGCCUGUAUCGAACGGUGUAUUAUCACCAUCAUCUCCCACAAGCAACAGCAGUUGUUCAGGCAAUGGCUCUCCGAGCUUGGGAAAGCAUUCUAGAGAUGCGAAUUUACUGGGCGAGGAGAAAGUGGAGAAAUCUUUGUGGGUUCCUAAGACCCUAAGAAUCGAUGACCCAGACGAUGCUGCAAAGAGUUCUAUAUGGACUACUCUUGGGAUUAAGCCAGAUGAGGGAGGUAUAUUUAAGUCUUUCAAGUCCAAAGCCGAAGCUAAGAAGUCAGAUGCCUCUCAAGUAUUGCAGGCAAAUCCGGCAGCGUUAUCACGGUCUCAAUCCUUUCAGGAGAGCACAUGAUAGGGCCUUUUGGGUUACCUGGAGUAUAUAAUUUUUUUUUUCCUUAUAUUUAUACAGUACAAGCUAAAUGGUUGUUUAUAGGAUUUGGUGCUGCUAAUGUCUUGUUACUCCAAUAGAAGCACUGUGUAUGUACCUAAAGCAGUAGAUUGUUUGAAGAAAAGCCGGUAGUAGAGCUUGUUAGUGCUUUUGCUUCAAAGCUGCAAUGACUAAUGGUCAGGCUUGUCAAUAUGUCUUUGAUUGAUUAAGAAUUGGAACUGCAAA